UAUAGUUUUAGUAGCUACUGACAAUACUCUAUUGAUCRAUGACAAAGACAAUGUUCUUCAUUAUUGAGUAUAAUAGGAUUAGCUAGCUAGUAGCUAACGUUAGCUAAUAUUAAUAGUUGAUAGAUUGGCAAACAGGCAAAGCUAGCUAGCAAGCUAACCGUUCGCUAACUAGCAAGCGUAGCUAACUAGUUAGUUAACUUCGAAUAAUAUCCUUUUAAAAACGGGACGUUGGGGGGAGGUUAUUUCAAUAUUUCACCCCGACACAGACGGUAAAAAAAAACAUGGCUGUCCGUUUCAAACCCCGACAGGUGGUGCCUCCGUAACAAAAGCGAACUAGUUAGCAUUUCGCGCUAGCUAACGUCAAUGAACGCUGGCUUGGGGGGGGGGGUUGAGUUGCUUGCCAAAGUACAAUGUUUACUCAAGGUACUAAACUCUGUGGUGGGCCCCUUAGCUACUAGCUAGCCGGUAUUUCCUGASUUGGGAGUGUACGGAACAUGAAAUUGUCCUCGCCAGUGCCAUACUGAUCCCCUUGGUAACGGGAACAGAACCGUUUUUCUUUCUACCUCAUCCGUGAUGACAGAGGUGGGAGUGAAGUGGGCCUGCGACUACUGCACCUAUGAGAACUGGCCGUCCGCUGUUAAGUGCACCAUGUGUCGUGCACAGUGUCCCAGCAGUCCCAUAAUCACAAAGGAGCCCUACAAUAGCAGCCCCAGCAGUCUUAGUACAGAGCCUGGUUGUGGCUGGCGGGACCCUCCAAGCCCCGAGGGAAGCUGCGGUAGCCUCCUAAUCUACCCAGACUCCAGUGCCAGGCCCCGUGUCAAGCCCCCCAGCAUGGCUGAGAAUAGCUCCAAGUGGUCCUGUCACAUGUGCACCUACCUGAACUGGCCCCGUGCCAUCCGCUGUACCCAGUGUCUGUGUCAGCGCAACCAGAGGACCCCCUGCAGCCCCACGGAGGCCCCCCAGACAUCAGGCACCAACGUGGGCUGCCGCCCAGCCCCUCCCCCUAUGGACCCUUGUACAGAGGAGUACAACGACCGGAACAGACUCAACAGACUCAACACCCGAGGUGGAGGUGGUGGCGGGCAGCACUGGACUUGCACUGCCUGUACUUACCAGAACUAUCCCAAGACCCGGAAGUGCAUCGUCUGCGACCACCCCCAGCCUCAACCUAACAACCGGGAGGCUAUUCCUAUAGAGCUGGCUGGGCAGUCCGAGGAGGCUCCCUCCUCCACAUCCUCAAUCAUCAAUGAACAGGACAGAGACGGGGCCAGGUGGAGAGGGAGUGGGGUGAGCAGUAAGGGGCUGAGCGGGAGACAGGGACCGGGACUGAGGAUGACCUCUCCACCCACCUCUAAGAGGGAGGCGGAGGUAAAGAUGGACUUCCAGAGGAUUGAGCUGGCGGACGGGGCGAUGGGCAGCGGAGAGGAGCAGCAUCACCAUCCAGAGAACAUUGAUUUCAAGAAGACCAAACAGAUUAAGAACAGGAUGAGGAAAACUGACUGGCUGUUCCUUAAUGCUUGUGCAGGUGUGGUGGAGGGGAACAUGGCUGCUGUCGAGGCCUACAAGUCGUCGGGCGGUGACAUCGCCCGUCAGAUGACUUCAGACGAGGUCCGUCUCCUGAACCGCGCCACUGCCUUCAAUGAUGGCUUUACGCUAGUUCACCUAGCCAUCCGCUUCCAGAGACAGGACAUGUUGGCUAUCCUUCUCACUGAG